CAGGAUAAGAGAACGACAUUUAUGAUUAGAAAUAUCCCAAACAAGUAUACCCAGAAAAUGCUAAAGGAUAUGUUGGAUGAGACACACAAAAACACCUAUGAUUUCUUGUAUUUACGCAUGGAUUUUAGAAAUCAUUGUAAUGUUGGAUACGCGUUUAUCAACUUUAUAGAUCCCAAAUCUGUGAUAACAUUGGCAGAACAAAAAAUGGGCAAAAGAUGGUAAUUUAUAUUCACAUCAAUGACAGGAGAAGAAGAGAGAGAAAGGCGCAAACUAAACGAUUACGUAAGAUAGGACCAUGUUUAAUUCUGAAAAGAGACUUUCUAUAUCUUAUGCGGCUGUACAAGGCAAAGAAGCAUUAAUCCAAAAAUUUAGAAAUUCGCAUGUCAUGGCAGAAGAAGAGGCCUAUCAACCCAAGAUAUUCUACUCAUCCGGUUCUCUUCAAGGUCAAGAACAACCAUUCCCCAAGCCAAAUGCUGCUUAUCAGAAGAGACAAUAUCGUUAUCAAUCUGGCAGUAGUGGUAAUACAAAGAAGUCAAGAUAGUCUUUUCCUCUUUCGCUUUUUUUCCCUUUUAUUUGUAAUGUCAGACAACAAUAAACACUCAUCAGCUCAGAUUCCUGUUGGACUCAUUGCCUGUCAAAGGAAUACUUUUGCUCAGGAACUGUCAACGGUGUGUAUCGAAUGCACAGAUAAACCUAAUAAGCAUGGAUUUUAUGAGAUUAAGCUACAGGACACAGUCUUGUUCCCCGAAGGCGGUGGACAACCUUCAGAUACCGGUUUCAUAGACAGCGUUCAAGUAUUUCAAGUUGAACGUCGAGGACUUGCUCAUGUUCAUUUGACCAAGGUACCAGUGGAGGUAGGAAAAACGGUUAAUGUUAAAGUUGAUUGGGGCCUUCGUUGGGAUCAUGUCCAACAGCACAGUGGACAGCAUUUAUUAAGUGCAGUUCUCGAAAGAGAACCGUAUAAUCUCGAUACACUGUGUUGGAACCUUGGUAAGAAAUACAGCUACGUCGAGGUUCCUGCAGGCAAGCAAGCAGUAAAGAUAACCCCCGAGCUACUCAACUCUGUCGAAAAGGCAGUCAAUCGACUCAUUCUUGAGGAUGUGCCAGUGAUAACCCAUGUGCAAGAGCAUGAUGAAGACAACAAACCUGAUAGUUUACCAGAUGAUUACACAGGUGGUGGUGUUAUUCGCACAAUUGAAAUCAAGGGUCUUGACUUAAAUCCUUGCUGCGGCACUCAUGUCUCUCGUCUUGGUCAACUUCAAUCAAUGAAGCUCCUUCACACCGAAAAUGUUAGAGGAGGAAAUGUGCGCAUCUUCUUUCUGUUCGGACAACGUGUCCUUGACUUUUUGGAUGCUAGCUAUGCCAUCACUCGUCGUCUAACCAAUCUCCUGUCAGGACCACAAGAAAGCUUUAUCGAAAAUGUACAAAAGAUACAACAGCAAAGUCGAGAUCAUAUGAAGAGGGCUAAGCGAUUAUUGGAAUCAUUGGCUAAAUAUACAGCUGAUGAAGUGAGCGAGGCCUUGAAAAAGAACCAAUAUGCUAUAGUGUACAAAGAAGAAGGCGACAUGGACUUUUUGAGCAUGGUUGCCAAUAUCAUCAGAGAUAGAAAACUAAUAGACGAGCAUGAUCAAAAGGUUGUCAUCCUGGCAGCAGGAGAUAAGAAACAGGGUGGACCUAUCAUUGUUACAGGAAGCGAUAGUGAUCUAGUACAAAAGACAGGCAAGAUAAUCACUUCCACCUUGAGCGGUGUCAAAGGAGGCGGAAAGGGUCGAUGGCAGGGACGAGCUCAAAGCUGGAGCGAGAUUGACAAACUGAUGGCAGCAAUGGCUAAAAAUCAAAAACAAGCGGGUGGUGCAGCUGUUGCGGACACUUAAGGAUUAUUAUAAUAAACAUAGAACAAUUAUAGUGUAAUGAGAUGUAUUGUUCAGCGGAGGAAGGAGGAGAAGAAUAGAACCGGACAGGAACUAAGAUGUUGGAUUAUACAACUACUUCUUGAUCGCUUACGAUGAUC